CCGUCGCCAUGGUGCAGAUGAUGGAGUCUCAGUGCGAGUAUUUCAUGUAUUUCCCGGCGGUUCCCAUCACCGACCUGUCCGACCCCGCCCGGUACCGAACCCUGCCCCGUCGGAGCCACCUCUACCUGGGGGAGACGGUCCGCUUCCUGUUAGUGCUGCGCUGCAAGGACGCAAGGGCGACGCCGACCGAACAGGGCCACGCAGGGGACGCUCCAUCAGCAGGUUUCGGGACAGAAUCGGCCAGCAGUCGGGCUUGGAGGGAGCUGGCAGGGUCACUGUCUGCCGUGGCCAGUGUGAGUCCGGGUGAGAGCAGUCGACACCGCACCAACCAGCACCACCACGACUACACCAGCAGCGGGGACGAGGGUGUUGACGACGGCGAGGAGGACUACAUUGCAGCGGCCGAGGCGGCCAUCGCGGCUCUGGGGAGCAGAGUGGACUCACGCUGCCGGUCCUUCCGGGAGUGCAAACCGCUGCUUAUACACAACUCCUGCGGCUCUGCGGCGCGGGAGUUCCGCAGGGCCCCAAUUCAGUCUCCUCUGGACGAGCCGGUGGUUCUGGCAGAUGAAGUCAUCUUCCCACUCACAGUCUCCUUGGACAAACUCCCCGUCAGGACCGUCAAAGUCAAGGUGAUGGUCACGGUAUGGAAGACGGAGGCGGAGCAAGCAGAGGUACAGGAGUUAGGCUACCUCAGUGUCCUGCAGCAAAGAGAGCCAUCACACACCUUUAGACACGACCUGAACACUUUCAAGGCUCAAGUGAGCACCACCCUGACCGUCCUGCCGCCUCCCGCCGUUCGCUGCAAGCUGAUGAGCGUCUCCGGGCGCCACCUGGCUGUCCUUAAAGUGCUGAACAACUCGUCACAGGAGGAGGUGAGCGUGAGGGACGUUCGUAUUCUGCCAGACCUCAACGCCUCCUACCUUCCCAUGAUGCCCGACGGCUCCGUGCUGCUGGUGGACAACGUGUGCCACCAUUCCGGUGAGGUGGGCAUGGCGUCUUUCUGCAAGGUGGACAGCGUCGCUUGCCGCCUUCCCAGCAUGCUCGGCGCCUUGGAGGAGCAUGACUUCCUGUUCCAGCUGAACCUGAACGACAUGCCUCAGGACGAGUCCAAUGAGGGGAUGGAGGUUCCUCUGGUGGCUGUGCUGCAGUGGUCCACUCCCAAGAUGCCGUUCACCAACUGUAUCUACACACACUACAGGUUGCCAAGCGUCCGUCUGGACCGGCCGAGAUUCGUGAUGACGGCCCGUUGUCCGAGCACCGUCAAGGUCAAGGAGCACUUCAAAGUGAAAUACAUCCUGCUCAACAAUCUGCAGGACUUUCUGUCGGUGCGGCUGGUGUGGACCCCGGAAGGUCGUGGUCAGACUGAGGACACCACGCUGGCAGCGGUGGUCUGCCACACGCCGUUCAGUAACCUGGGUCAAUGUCGCAAAGGAAGCACGCUGUCCUUCAGCGUGGCUUUCCAGAUCCUCAAACCGGGACUGUACGAGCUGAGUCAGCACAUGAAGCUCAAGCUCCAGUUCACCGCAUCCGUCACCAACCCGCCUCCCGAUGCCAGGCCGCUCUCACGUAAAAACAGCCCAUCCAGCCCAGCGUUCCGUGACCUGUUGGACCGUCAUCAGGCCAGUUUGGGUCGAUCCCAGUCCUUCUCCCACCAGCAGCCGUCUCGCUCUCACAUCAUGAGGACGGGCAGUGCAAUGGAGCGGCGCGCCAUAACGCCCCCCGUGGGCUCCCCGGUGGGUCGGCCGCUGUACCUGCCACCGCAGGACAAAAGCCUGCUGUCCUUGGACAAGAUCGCCAAGAGGGAGUGUAAAGUUCUGGUGGUGGAUCCAUGAGAGCCAAGAGGACAUCUUGUCAGUGUUAUCAGUUUGCAUCAGUAUUAACGUCAGCAUUAUUAA